ACCCGCCCAGAGCUCUCCUCACUCACUCACUCACUCACUCACUCCCCGUCUGUUUUCCCGCACGGUUCGGCCGGACGCAAACGGCGCUCACUCACUCAAUCCCUCACACACACUCACUCACACCCACACACACACACACGCGCGCGCACACACACACAGACACAGGCGGCGAGGAGACGGAAUGGAGACGGAAGGGAGCCAGAGCAGCCUGUCCGCCGCGGACUCCCCUCACGACCCCUGCAAAAUGUUCAUAGGUGGACUGAGUUGGCAAACAACGCAAGAAGGGCUGAAGGAGUACUUCUGCAAGUACGGCGAGGUGAAGGAGUGUAUGGUGAUGCGAGAUCCGGUUACUAAGCGCUCGAGGGGGUUCGGAUUCGUCACCUUUGUUGACCAGGCUGGCGUGGAUAAAGUUCUGGCACAAACCAGGCACGAGUUGGACUCCAAAACAAUCGACCCCAAGGUUGCGUUCCCUCGCAGAGCUCAGCCCAAGUUGGUGACUCGAACCAAGAAGAUCUUCGUGGGGGGGCUGUCAGUGAACACAACCAUCGAGGACGUCAAGCAGUACUUUGACCAGUUUGGCAAGGUUGACGAUGCCAUGCUUAUGUUCGACAAGACCACCAACAGGCACAGAGGCUUUGGCUUCGUGACGUUCGAGAACGAGGACGUGGUGGAGAAAGUGUGCGAGAUCCACUUCCACGAGAUCAACAACAAGAUGGUGGAGUGUAAGAAGGCUCAGCCCAAGGAGGUGAUGUCGCCCACAGGCUCGGCCAGGGGGCGCUCUCGGGUGAUGCCCUAUGGGAUGGACGCCUUCAUGCUGGGCAUUGGUAUGCUGGGUUACCCAGGUUUCCAGACAGCCACGUACACCAGCCGGAGCUACGCCGGCAUCACCCCCGGAUACACCUACCAGUUCCCCGAGUUCCACUUAGAGAGGACUCCCCUUCUGACUUCACCCCACCCCCCUGAGCUCACAGCCAUUCCUCUCACAGCAUAUGGACCAAUGGCGGCAGCAGCAGCAGCAGCAGUAGUUAGAGGGUCUAUGUUUGAACCUGCUGUUCUAGGUUCUACCCCGUCUCGCUCAGCCGGGUUCCUGGGUACAAGCAGCCCGGGGCCCAUGGCAGACCUGUACGGCACAGCCAGUCAGGAGUCGGCUGUCAGCAGUUAUCUCAGCGCUGCGAGCCCGGCCCCGAGUACCGGAUUCAGCCACAGCUUGGGGGGUCCUUUGAUCGCCACGGCCUUCACUAACGGCUACCACUGAGCGCUGUGGAGCUGUAGACUGAGAGCUGGAAGGAGUUGAAGCUGCUCUGGAGCUGAUCUGGCCCGUCUCUGUCCUCCACCAUGGUGUCAGCCUGACCCGGCAGACGUAACUGACGACCCGUUAAACCCCAAGAAGAAAAAGUUUAUAAAAGACGCAAAAAAGUUGCAGAUGCUGUAUUUUCAGUGUUUUGUUUUUUUCCUCUGUUUUACUUUGAAGUCUGUUUUUUGUGACUUUUACAAUGUUUCUUUAUCUGUAUUGAUGUGCGUUACUUGGCUGUCUGACCUCUGAAACCUGAGGGUCAAGUCUGCCCCCGUUCGGUCAGCAGCUGUGAUUGGUACUGGAAAACUGUAUAUUUGUCACUAGUUCAUACUGAAUUUUAACAAAACAUUUGUGAUUAAUUCUAUUUCUUGAAAAACGUGUCACAAAUUGUAUAUCUCAGUAGUUUUUUAACAAAGACUGGUUAGCUAAUAAGUCAGCGGUAGUGGCAUGUUAGGCCUGCAGGAGCUGUACAAUGCUGUAAAUAUGUUGUAAAUAUGAGGGCGGGUUCCUGAGGGGGGCUCCGCUUGUCGUGUGUCUGGGAGGCGGGGGCUUCUCUCAUCAGUCCCUGCAUUGGAGACUGUUACGUAGCACACUGUCACGUGAACGUUGUUAAGAUCAUUGGGAGACCUGAGUUUCUCUCUCCGGGCUUUUAUGAAUGAAUUGUCGUUUGAGACGCCGGCUGCUGGAGACUGAGUCUGGAGCGUAGUUUUACUGUAGGACGAACGGGCGUGAAAGAAAAACACACACUGUUUCAUGCUUUGUCUCAUUGUUGUUUUAACUUUGAUUUUGAAUCUGAUCGUCUUGUGAGGGGGACAUGAAGGAGUCGCGGUGAUGCACAGGUUCGUGACUGUGACGCUGCACGUCGUGUUGGUGUUUGAGUGGAUUUUAUACACAUUGGCUUCCAAUGUGCAUGUUCUGUUGUGUUGUUUUUUUCGGGGGGGGGGGGUCUAUAGUACCUCAGCUGCAAAUGUGAAACUUUAAUCCCACGUUGUUAUUAUUGCAUUAACAUCUGUCGGCGCGUGGCUGGGAUAACCUUCGCCAUCGGGGGUCUCAGCGCUUGUUCACGUCGCCCCCGUCACUGCGUGUCCACUGGAGGUUGUAGCGACGCCACAGCCGUUUUGAGACCAAAACAAGCAUGUUCAGAGACGUUGCGCUGGCCGAUCACCAUGAACGUGAUUUCCUUGGAAUGUUUAGCGUAAGAACAAAGCACGGUUGAUCUGCGGAGCAGCAGCUUUUACGUUGUGAUUCACUCACUCACUCUGCAGCGGCUGCUGCUGCCGUAGCUCAUCCUUUGAUGCUGAACAAUAACAAUCUUGUCAACACUGUAACAUUUUCUGAUUGUUUUUCUCCUGUCAUGUUUAUUCUUUUGAAACAAAAAAAAAACAAGUUUUUAAAAUUCCUAAUAAAUUAUUUUAAAACAUUC